CCAAAGGCCAACACACGGAGGCAUGAGCGUACUCUGACUGGGACGUGUGGGGUUGAUAGUAGAGAUCGGCAGUCAUGACGGACUCUAAGAAACUAUUAAUCGAGCAUUUCAAGCAGGCAGUCCUUGUCUGUAGGAAUGGAGAAAAGGUUCUCAAAGGAGAUGAUAUGAAGAAUGUCGCAUUGAUGGAAGAGGAUGGCGAUAAUGGCAUCAGUAUUGUAAUAGACAGCAAUGGUCUUAUUGAAGCUGUUGACUAUGAUGCAAAGAUUCAAGAAAAAUAUAAUAAUACAAAGUUUGACAACAAAAUUAAUGCAAAAGGAAAAUGUGUAGUACCAGGUUUAAUUGAUGGACAUACUCAUCCGGUCUGGGUUGGGGAUAGAGUUCAUGAGUUUGCUAUGAAGUUGGCGGGGGCAACCUAUAUGGAUGUACAUAAGGCAGGUGGAGGAAUUAAUUUCACCGUGGAACACACACGUAGUGCUUCUGAAGACGAAUUAUUUCUACCUUUCAAAGAGAGGUUAGAAAGAAUGCUGCAUUGUGGGACAACCCUUGUAGAAUGCAAGAGCGGAUAUGGCCUGAAUGUAUCAACUGAAAUUAAAAUGUUGAAAGUCAUAGAGAGAGCGAAGAGAGAACUCCCAAUAGACAUAUCCAGUACUUUUUGUGGAGCGCAUGCUGUCCCGAAGGGAAAAACAGCAGAAGAAGCAACAGAAGAUGUCAUCAGUGUUCAGUUACCACAGAUUGUAGAACUGAUGAAAAAUGGUGAAUUACAAGUGGAUAAUAUUGAUGUAUUUUGUGAGAAAGGUGUAUUUAAUACUGAGCAGACUAAAAAGAUUUUAAAUGCUGGUGUAGAAGCUGGACUCGCUAUAAAUUUUCACGGUGAUGAACUUCAUCCAACUAAAUCCGCAGAGUUAGGAGCAGAACUAAAUGCAGCAGCAAUUAGCCAUUUGGAAGAAAUCAGUGAUGAUGGUAUUGUUGCUAUGGCAUCAUCUGGAACCAUUGCUGUGUUGUUACCAACUACCGCUUACAUACUGAGGUUAAAACAUCCACCUGCUAGGAAAAUGAUAGAAAGUGGUGUUGCUAUUGCACUGGGAACAGAUUUCAAUCCCAAUGCAUUCUGCCUUUCUAUGCCAUUAACUAUGCAUUUGGCAUGUGUCAAUCUACACAUGUCUAUGAAUGAAUCCUUGGUAGCAGCAACCAUCAAUGCUGCUGCUUCACUCAACAAAUCAGACACUCAUGGUUCUCUAGAAGUUGGUAAAGUGGGCGAUCUGGUGAUUAUAGAUGCUCCCAAAUGGGAGCAUCUAGUUUAUCAGCUUGCUGGACAUGGUCAUGUUAUCAAGCAUGUUGUGAAGAAGGGGAAUAUAGUAUACACCAAACCUUGAGAAGAAAAUCAAAAAAAAAAAUAAUUGAAUUUAGUCUUCCAUAAAAAGCUAUAUCUGCGUUCAUUUGAAACAUACUUUGCUGUAUAAUAACGAUAGCCACAUGCUGGAGGCCACACAAAAUUUGGGAAGCCAUUUUGCAGUCAAAACUUAAUCCGUGACUGUUUUGCAAUAACUACCGGUAAUCAUUCAAGUAAAUGUCAGUGAUAUUGUCAUGUACUGGUUACAGCGAAUAAACCACAAGCGUGCAGUGAAAGUGUUCC